UGGGCAUUUUGUGGAAUUUUUUUGGAAACUGCAUGAAAUUGUUUAUUAACAAAUGGGUUUACUGUGCAAUUUAACAUCUUUGUUCUGCAGAAAUUAAGACAUUACAAUGUGUGGUGUGUUUUUUUUCCUCUUAGUCUUUCCGUGGUUUGGCUUGGAUAUUGGAGGAACUUUGGUCAAGCUUGUUUAUUUUGAACCAAAAGACAUCACUGCUGAGGAGGAGGAGGAGGAAGUGGAAAAUCUUAAAAGUAUCCGAAAAUACCUGACCUCAAAUGUAGCCUAUGGAUCUACAGGCAUUCGGGAUGUGCACCUGGAACUAAAGGACCUUACUCUGUGUGGACGUAAAGGCAAUCUGCACUUUAUACGCUUUCCUACUCAUGACAUGCCUGCUUUUAUUCAAAUGGGCAGCGAAAAACACUUCUCAAGUCUCCACACUACCUUAUGCGCCACGGGAGGUGGAGCGUACAAAUUUGAGCAGGACUUCCGUACAGUGGGUGACCUUCAGCUUUGCAAACUAGAUGAACUUGACUGCCUUAUUAAAGGAGUUUUAUACAUUGACUCCGUUGGAUUCAAUGGAGAUUCAGAGUGCUACUACUUUGAAAACCCAACUGAUUCUGAAAAAUGUCAGAAGCUCCCAUUCAACUUGGAGAAUCCAUAUCCUCUCCUCUUGGUGAACAUUGGCUCAGGAGUCAGCAUCUUGGCUGUGUAUUCCAAAGACAAUUAUAAGCGGGUAACUGGGACCAGUCUUGGAGGAGGAACAUUUUUUGGUCUCUGUUGUCUUCUUACUGGCUGCUCCACCUUUGAAGAGGCUCUUGAAAUGGCAUCCCUUGGAGACAGCACGAAAGUGGAUAAACUGGUGCGAGACAUCUAUGGAGGGGAUUAUGAGAGAUUUGGACUGCCAGGAUGGGCAGUAGCAUCCAGCUUUGGGAAUAUGAUGAGCAAGGAGAAGAGAGAGUCUGUCAGUAAAGAGGACCUGGCAAGAGCGACUUUAAUAACCAUCACCAAUAACAUUGGCUCCAUAGCACGGAUGUGUGCACUUAAUGAGAACAUUAAUCGGGUGGUUUUUGUUGGCAAUUUCUUGCGGAUCAAUACAAUCUCAAUGAGGCUUCUAGCAUAUGCUUUGGAUUAUUGGUCCAAAGGGCAGUUGAAAGCACUUUUCUUGGAACAUGAGGGUUAUUUUGGAGCAGUUGGUGCUUUUCUGGAGCUUUUGAAUUCAGCCUGAGUCAUUACCGAUUCUGCACAUUGGACAUAAGUUGCAGGAGCUUCUACUCUAUUGGAACGCCCACAUUUAUUUAGCUUUUUUUUAAAGCGUCUGUUAAGUGACUAUUACAGCAAUUGAACAUGACCUAAUCAUUGCGGAAGAGGAAAGGACAAAUGAAUUUUUUGUAAACAGCUAAAAUUAAUCCUGAGUCUUUAAUGUAGAUUAGUUAAGAAGAAGAAAUAUAUAUAUUCUGAGCAGCAGUUUUUAUUUAUAAUCUGCUAUACAUGUUGAGAUAGUGUGGGAAAGUGUGAGAUGGGGAUAGUUUAAUGUGAGACUUAUACUAUCCUGUUCUCAAAAGACUUCUUUUUAAAAUGCCAAGUGUCUACAUUGUUAACUAUUUUAUAUUUCACUUGCAAUGUUUGUAUAUAUGGGAUUGAAGGACUUUAAGUAUUUGUGAUAGUAUUGAAUAGUGUAUUGUUUAUAUAUGAAAAUUAUCAAAACAGAAUCCAGAAAGAUAAAAACUAACCUUUGUCCAGAAGUCCUUGGUUUUUGCCCUCUUCUGAACACUAUAGUGGCCUGUAAAAACUUCAUCCUACAAUUAGUAAUGGCUUAUUUUCUUGCAAGACAGUCACUGUGCAUAUACACUGUUAGAGAAACAAGAAGUAAGGAUUAAAUGUUUUCUGGGUCUUGCUUUCUGUAAAACUGCGUAGCAACUUCCUGUCAUCACCCCGGUGACUCCUUAUAAACUGACCAGAAGCUCCUCUGGAUGUGAGGGUCAAACUCUUAUAAAGUUGUCUUAGCAACUUGCAGCAGUUAUUUCAUUUGAAACCCACUAAGAGUAAAUUUAAGAAUAUUUAGAACUGAUGUGUGUUUUUUUUUUGUUUUUUUUUUAAGAAUUGUAUGUAACUGUACCAAAAAUGAUGAUGAUGCUAUUCCUGAUAUACUCAGGCUGUUCUAUAUAACUUAAUAUUCUGUAGAUGUUUGUUGUUAGCUAGUUACUAAACAUAAUCCAGAUUCAGGAGAAAAAUCAAUCUUUCCACAUCAGCAUUAGACAGACACUCUUUCUCUCUCCCUUCCGGGUGUGCGCAUUCCUGCAGAACCCAAACACUUCAUUGCCACAGUUUCAGAUUCUCGAAGACAUUGACCUUUCAAGAUGUUAAACUAGAAGAUGUUGUGUGAGAGAACAUUCCUUCCAAGCACAAUAGGUUAAGCAACAUUGGCAGUAGGUUACCCUUAAAAGAGCUAUGUUUGAAACAAGCAUGUUGCUCAUAAACCAGCCUUUUGUCUGGAGUAAUUGUCAGAUUCCAGGUUCCCUCAUGUCCUUGGAUCUAUAGUCUUGGGCUACUAAUCUGAACAAAAUGUCCACUGGGAGGGUAUAAAUGCUCUCCCUCUUCUAUGGGUGAUACUAGAUAUUUCAGUAUAAUUUGACUGCAGGGGGUUGGAAGCAGUUGCUCCUUAAAAGCAUGCAUCCAACAAAGUGGGUAUUCACCCACGAAAGCUCAGGCUCCAAUAUGUCUGUUAGUCUAUAAGGUUCUACAGGAUUCUUUGCUGCCCUUAAAAGCUACUGCAUCUUAACUAGUUAACUGAUGUUAACUAGUGUUGCUGCUGCAGAGAGUUUUCUGGAAAAUGGUAAUAUGGCUUUUCUGCUGAAUAGCUCAACUAGAUGUGGAAACCCGGUUCACAGCAGGAAGAUUGAAUACAGGGAUAGAUUCUCGGCUAAUGUAAAUUGUCAUAGCUCCACUUGAUUUCAGUUUACACCAGAUGGGGAAUCUGCGCCAGAGUCUUUAAAUCACUUGUCCUUUUUAGGAUUUAGUAGAUUAAUGCAUCGACCUCUUUAUAUUUGGGUUCAUAUUUGCAGUGGAUCUCAAAUGAAAGCUCUUUGGUCUUAUAUAGGCCCUAGUGGAUAUUUUUUUGAUCACAGCAUUAAAAAAACCGCACAAGUCUGAUAGUUUGACAUGAUUAGUAAUCCAGAGUUGAAAUAGUUCAGAAUUAAGGUGUAGUAGCAGAGCUGUGGGAUGGGAAGGAGUUGUUUUAGGGCUUGAUCCUGCAAUCUGCAGACAUCACCUGCAAGGUACUGUGUGCCCCUUUAACUCCCACUGCAAUCUAUUAGAGCUGAGUGCUCACAGGAGGUGCUCUUCACCUUGCAGGAUUGGUCCUACAGUGUGUCUGUACUACGAGCUUGAGAUGAGAAAUAACUGGGAAUUGAGAGUGCCUCGGUUUUUCACAAGAUCGGGUCAUUUGUUUUAUUUGCUAGAGGCAGUGCUGUUAGCUACAUUGCUGUAUGAAGCACUAAAUGCCACCAGGUUUUUAGAACUUAUUCAAGAAAUUCCAGCCUCAGCAAUCCAGUUGCAGACAAAUUGAUGAUCUAACAUCGGAAGAGAGAAUCUGGAACCUCUAAACCUCUUCAGCUAUAUUGGUACAUGUGAAGGACUGUACCAUUCAAGAGAUUCAGCUGCUAGUUCUCCACUGUACACCAGAGUCCUUUUCACCUUUUCUGCAAAGGAGGCAGUCUUCCCAGAUAAGUCGAAAAAUAAGUAACUUCUUAGAAAAAUUGCAUUAGCUUUUUAAACGUAAUAUUGCUAACUUAGAUCAUGCAGGGUCUGCAUUCAAAAUUUGAAUUAAGCUACUUUUUGAGGUGCGUGUUUGAGGAGACCAUAUUUCAUGACUAGGAUCUUGGAUUUGUACUUUAUCAUGAUAUCCCACUAAAUAUAUGAUAAUACCAGAUUGUUUUAGAAAUGUCAGACUUCCUGAAAUACCUAGUUCCAGAUGUAGUAGAACUUAAGAUUGUAAGCUCCUUGGGGCAAGGCCAUUUUCUAUGCUAUGUUCUGUAUAAUGCUCAGCAAAUUUUUGAUACUCAGUGAAUUUAGACAACUUCUGCAACUUGCUUGGUCACACAACCUUAACUGGAAUUUCAGUCCUUGCUUUAUCUUUGAUCUAGAAUCCACAUGAAAUUCUUAUUGCCUUUAUCUGUUAGGUUGAAGUCUACCCCUGUGCAGACCCUUUUUACCAUUGAACCCCUUAUUUUGAGGUGUAAGAUGCAGUGAGCGAUUGUGGGCCCUCUGUGCAUUGCUGAAUGUGAGAUUUGAAUGAUGCAAAGGGUGUCAUUUGGAAUCCCAGUGCAGAGGUGAAUUCAUACACUUAGUGUUUUAGCAGCAGGAACAAAGGACCCACACUGGACCUCUCAGAGAUUAACAUAAAUAAAUGCUGGUUACAGGAAAGCGGCUUAUCUUUCUAUAGCAAUAACUUGGAGCAUGGUGGAGGGAAGAGAAAUGUACAUAAACUCUGCAGUAAGCUAUCUGUUCUAAAACCAAGUCAUGUACCAUGUUGCAGCUGUGCACAUGCCAGACCUUGGAACUGAAACUGGAGUAAAUAAGCAAGCCAUCUAAUAUCUUGGGAUUUCCCCUUUCUUGGCUGCUUUUCCCCCAUUCACUCCUCUUACAUGUAUAUGUAAGAUGUCAUUUUUUGAGGGGGAAGGGAAGUGGUGGGGG